GUGACAUCACUUUAUUGCCUUGUACAUAGGUUUGUGUUAAAAACACAAAAGGCCUUUGCCCAGACAUUAUCACUCCGGCGUCGGCCUGCAGCUGCUGCCCUGAUAGCUGAUGGGGUUUUGUGUAUGAAGUUGAGCUACUGUGUAAUUUCAGGCCAACAAACAUCACUGUUAUGGCUGCAACAACCCCUGAACAGUUUGAAGCUGGCUCACCCAGUAAGCUUGACCAAGUACAGGGUCAAGUCAACGAGGUUAAAGUCAUCCUGAAAGACAACAUUAACAAAGUGUUGGAGAGAGGCGACAGGUUAGACGACCUGAUCGGCAAGACCAAUGACCUCCAAGAAUCUGCGGACUCCUUUCAACGAACAUCUACACGGGUUGCCAGGAAAUACUGGUGGAAAAACAUUAAAAUGAUGAUUAUAAUCGGGGUGAUUGUGUUGAUCAUCCUUAUCCUCAUCAUCCUCGCUGCUACUAAAGUGAUAUGAACCACAGUUCAGGCCUGCAGGUUAUGGACAUGACUGUUUAAUCACUUAUAAUUACCGCUGAGCAUUUUAACGUUUAAUUGUGACCAUACAGUACUUGAUUGUUUGAUGUUGCAGACUUCAAGAUGUUUAAGCUAAAAUUGUGCAAUUAAGACCAUAAAAUUGUUAACGCGGCUUCUCAACACUCCAAACACUGUGACACACAUCACUAUUUCACAAAGAACCACAUUUAUUUUUAACUUGUUGCAUUGAUGUCCAAUACAUUGUAUAUACUGUAUUACAAAAGAUGUAUUAUACUGUAUGAAUGAUAGAGGUUAAACAGCAACAAUGUAUUUUGUAUCUUUCUUACAUCUGUGAUCUUCCAAACAAACAUUGGAUUUGUGCAUUAAAAUGAAGCA